GAGUUUGUGUCCGAAACCGUCAAACAGUGGCCGCAUCUGAAGGACUGUUUGAUUCUCAUGAAGUGGGACUCAGAAGGCAUUUCAUUGACCGAAGACUUGUAUCAACCGCUCGAUUAUCACUUAACUUACUUCCCGGUUGUGUUGAUCGACGUCACCGGUUAUCACAACAUCUGUUGGGACGUCACCAUUGAUUCGUACGACCGGUUGAGACACGAGUCGAAGUUAACCAUCGAUUGCUUGGAUUCCAAUCACUCGAAUAGCUUUGAAUCGACAUUCUUGAGAGAAGUCACUUUUGAGACCAAAUACGAUAUUCUCUUUAAGAUUUGCGUCCCAUCGCUGCUGAAGUCACCAAAAGUAUCUCAAAUGUCAAAUGACAUAACAGAUAAUUGCGGUGAUAUUGUCACCGCAUUUGUGGGCCAUUUGAUACCACUCUGUCGACGAGCUGUUGGCCAACGUAUACUUCUAUUACAACACAAGUCCAAGUUUUACAACAAUAAGGAGUGGGCAUUGGAUCAGUUGCCUCCCCAUCCAAACGACGUCCCGUUCCUCAUGUUUGGUCUUAUUGUGAAUGAAGAAUACGCUUAUAAUAAUAUAGAAAGAGGUCCGCCGGCCGACACUUCCGAAGCGACAGACUUUAAGGACUUUUGGGGCCAAAAGUCUGAAUUGAGACGAUUUCAGGACAACUCUAUUUGUGAAGCCGUUUAUUGGGAUUUUAAAACAUUGUCUCAAAAGAGACAAAUUGUGACCAAAUCUCUUGAAUUCAUUUUGACAAACAUUUUAGAGAUCCCAUCGGAAUCUUUUACCACAACAGUAUCACUAUUGGAUCCAAUGGUGGAACUCUCGAACUUAAAGUUUGAGGACAAAUCUGUGGUUUACGGUACGGCCGAAGAGUUUUCUAUAUCAUUGUCUCAUAAGUUCGAUGCUUUGGCCAAAAAGUUGCGGUCCUUAGAAGAACUUCCGCUCACCAUAACUAAUGUCCACACAAUUGAUGCCGUAUUUCGCGGCACAGAUGUAUUCCCGCCAUUGGCUAUGAAUAGUGGAAAGUCAUUCAAUGUGACCAAUAAUUGCAAUUCAUUUGAUCUAUUGGUCGAUCAAAGAGUACCCAAAUAUUUCAAACCAUUGAAAAUAGUGAUCCAAUUGGAAGGCAGUGGCAAAUGGCCGGAUGUGUUGGACGCCUUCCGCAGAGUUAAGGCUUCAUUUCAUAUCGAGUUGAGUAAAAAGUUGUCGAAACAAUUCGGAUGCGUUUGUUAUGCGAAUACCGAUUACGUCGAUGUCUUUGAUGACGGUUUUGUAUUUCGCGUAAUCAUUGGUUCCCAUAAAGAGAUAGUUUUGUUGAGACAAAUCACGACAAGCGAUGGACUCGUCAAACGAAUUGAGAGUCCAGUGGCCGACAAUUUAGAGACAGUGUAUGAAGUGAUGCCAAAAAUUAAUAGCGCUUUAAACGCGUUGAGUCGAAGGCAUCUUUGUUUUGGUCUCACCUGUCGAUUAGCCAAACGAUGGGUUUCAUCACAGAUGGUGUCCUAUUAUUUUGAAGACAUGGCCAUAGAUUUAGUGGUCGCCUAUAUAUUCUUGAAUCCAAAUCCAUAUACCGUUCCGAAGUAA